CCCCUUCUCUUUCUCCCAAAACUAAACUAACUCAUAAAGAAGCGAGAGUGCGAGGGCGGCGAGUUUCUUCUUCUUCUUCUUCUUCUUCUUCCUUCGUGUCUCCCUGGGUUUACGUGCGCGGAAUCCUUGGAACGAAAGAGGCGCAGGCAUUGCCGGUGGCUUCCGCAGUACACGCCCUGCGAAGUUUCCCCGAUCCCCCCCUUCAAACCCUCCCCUUUUCGCCCACUCUCUCGCUUGCCUCGUCCGUUGGGAACCCUAAGCCUGGGCCACCCCGAUCAUGUCACGGGCAUCUGAUCCCUCCUCUCCCGAUCAUGCCGAGGGCGCCUCCCCCUACGGGCCCCCCUCCUCGCCGGCUGCGGCGUCCCCUCCCCCGGAACCCUCCCGUCGCUCCUCGGUCCCCGCGGAGGCCUCUGGUGCCAGCGCCUCCGCCCCCCCGACGGCGGAGAACGAGGAGCACGGGACCGGCGGCAAUGCUGCCGGAGACCGCGGGAAGAGGCCCGCGUGGAACGUGCCGGCCAAUGGAGCGAUCGAGGUGGGUCCCGUCAUGGGAGCGGACUCCUGGCCCGCGCUCUCGGCUUCCGGGUCGAGGGCGUCUGCCAGAUCCUCCUCGUUGGACUCGUUGAAGGUUCUGGCUGAGGGAUCGUCGACCGCUGCCCCCCUGGGGUCUAUGAUGAACGCUUACCAGCUGAAGCUAAAUGCUAAUAAUACGAACCCUAGGUCUAUCCCGAACUAUGAUGUGCUUGCUCCCCAGGAACCUAAUCCGAACCCUAAUUUGAUGAAGAGCGAUGCCAUUAGCAGCAGUUCAUCAUAUAAUCACGGUCCUGGAGCACCUCAACGACCUUCUAUUCUCUCGGAGAUGCCACCAGUCGGUGUGGACAAAGGCCACGAAUCUUCUCCUGAGGGCCUUGCUAGCACUGGGAAUAGCAAUUCGGAUCAGCAUAAGAGUGAUGAAUUCGCGCCACAGCUGCAAAGAAGCAGCAAUCGUCGCAGAGGUGGCUAUAGUGGCAACCACAGAGGAAAUUAUAGUGGUGGUACAGGUAGCAGUUCUCACCAUGGUCGCUAUGGAACCCGGCAUGAUCAUGACCGGGGAGGCUAUGAUUGGAACAGUCCUAGGGGUUUUAGUGGUAGAAAUCCACAUAGGUCGAUUCCAUUGGCUCAACAGUGGGGACAGUCGCGACCUUUCAUUCGGCCACCACCACCACCACCACCACCUGCUAUGGCACAAUUUCUUAGUAUGCCGCCACAUAUAUGGCCUUUUGUGAGCCCCAUGGGCUACCCCGAAAUUCCUCCUAUUUAUUAUCUUCCCCCACCUCCUCCCGACACACUUGGGAGCAUGCCUUUCAUCACUCAUCAAGUAUCCCCAGUGAAUCCUUCAGCAAUGUUUCAUCCUUCGGUAGAUCAUAAGAGCUUUAUGCUGGUGAAGCAGAUAGAAUACUAUUUCAGUCCUGAUAAUCUUUGCAAAGACUCUUUCCUGCGGAGGAAUAUGGAUGAUCAAGGUUGGGUUCCUAUCUCCUUGAUUGCUGGAUUCAAUCGGGUCAAGCAGUUGACGGAGGAUAUUCCAUAUAUAUUGGAUGCUGUACAAGGUUCAACAGUAGUGGAAGUACAGGGUGAGAAAAUAAGGAGGCGUGGCGAUUGGAUGAGAUGGACAUUGUCAUCAAUUCCACAUCAAUAUGAGAUUGCUUCCAGUGCCCAAUCUCCACGAACACCAGACCACGAUUCAGUCAUUGCUCAGAUGCAUGCCUUUGGACUAGAAGAGGGUUCUUCCCUACAUGGUACAAGUCAGAUUCAUGGGAACCCUCUUAGUAUGAGUCAGACUCAUAAUGAGAUGCCUAAUAGUAGAUCGCCAUCUGGGAGUAUCGACAACCAGAUGCAAGAUGCUCCUGCUGAAGAUGGAAACAGCCAAUCAUCACUGCAAUGAGUCAGAACUAUCUAGUCUGUGUAAAGAUCAGACCGGAGUGAUUUGCUUAAAAUCAAUCCAUGAAACGGAAGAGAUGAGCAUGCGAUCCUUUAGUUGACGUCUUUGCCUUCAGCUGCAAAUGCUCAACCAAGAUAAAAAGGGGGAAUAGAAGGAAAAAGGAAGAUUUAGAUAUAAAACAAAGGCAAUAAUUUAAAUCCAAUAGCUUGGUUGACCGACUACUGCUCUCUAGCUGUAUAGUUUGGUUUGACUUGGGCUGAAUGGUGCUUUCUGACUGGUGAUACUCAUUGCUACCGAGUUUUGGGUCUCCUUUUAUUCUAAUCCCCCACUAUUUUUGGGUCAUACACUGCCAUUUUUUGGGGUAGAAAUGGAUAUUAUCGGUUCUUAUGUUCCAAGAGCUGGUUUUGUAAAAAUGGCUUUAUUCCUAGCUGGAAACCAUUCCCUCAAAUUGCUGACGGUGUUUGUGAUUCUCAUUUUCUGUCAUUAAAGAUUCUUUGUUCGAAUGAUGUGUAAAUUUUGUUCUUGCUGA